AUUCGCUGUAGCCCGGAUUCUCGCCCUGCCGACAUGUUUCCGAUGAUUCAUUCCCCAUUUUUCUCUCUUUAAUUUUAUUUUUUUGGCAAACUAAUCGUUGUCAUCCAUCCAGUUCGAAAGACGAUAUUUGGGAUCAAUGGAUACUCUGAACUCUUCCAGAUUGCCUAAAUUGAAUUUAUGGGAGAAACUUGGAAUCUGCAAAGAAGCAUCGGUUGAAGUUUUAGUGCUGGAAACUAUGAAAACCUAAUUUUCUUAGAUGUAUUCAAUAUGAAUACCAAGUCGCAGGUUUCUUUGGAGUUAGACGCUCCCCUUCUAUCCGAGAAUCUAUUGGCUAAGGAUGGUGAUUGUGGUGUUACAACUUCAUCUGCAAACGUUGUUUCUUCUCAACAGCCUGUAAAAAGACAAACACGUCAAUGGGCCGCUUGGACACGCCAAGAAGAAGAAAGUUUCUUCAAUGCAUUGCGACAAGUUGGCAAGAAUUUUGAGAAGAUCACUUGUCGUGUCCAAAGUAAAAAUAAGGAUCAGGUCAGGCAUUAUUAUUAUCGUCUGGUAAGACGUAUGAACAAGCUACUGGGUCCAGGAUUUAGUCUAGAUGCAAAAAACUCCAAAGAUACUAAUGCUGCAAUGCUUCGAUGGUGGUCAUUGUUGGAAAAGUACAGCUGCAAAGCCUCUAAGCUUCACUUGAAACCUAGAAGGUUUAAGAUAUUCAUAGAAGCAUUGGAACACCAACUCUUGAAGGAUCGGAAAAAGAACAUAAGGAGACGACCUGUGCAAGGAGAAAAUUGUCCACUUGGAUCCCCAACAACUGUUCCAGUUCACAGUAAAGCAUCAGGACAGGAUACUCGCUCAGUUAAAGUUGUUGUUGAUAGUCAAAACAUUCAAAAAGUUGGAUCUGGAAAAGGAUCUUCAAUGAAGCGCAAUGUGAGUGCAGGCAUUAUCCGGAGCAACAACAAAGGUGAUUCCUCUACUCUGCGAACAACAAGGCAACGGCGGAAAACAGGUGCUGCCUCAUCUGCUGUAUACAAGAGAUGGGAAAAGGCUGCUAUUGCUGGUGUUUCAUUGGUUGCCGAUGCUGCUGAGCAUUUGGAGCGAACAACAGACAGAAAGUUCUCCCCUGACCAGGGAACAAUGGAUGAGUCAUUUCCUCGGCUAUUGGUUGUUCCCAUUGGGCAGGAGAGCAUUGAGUCUGUUGGAAGGGAUCUGCUUUCAUUGCCUUUGUCAGCUGGUUCACAACAAGAGAUUAGAGAGACCAGUGGACAGGCAGCUGUGAAACUCAAGCUCCAGUUGUUCCCAAUUGAUGAAGGUACUAGGAGAGCAUUGGAAAAGGAUGAACAUAAUCCACACUUGGAGCUCACUCUCAGCGCUCGAAAGAAGAUGUCAUCAAUUCUGGAUCAUCUCAAGCGUAAGUGGGGAAAGUCAAGCAUAGCUUCAGGGGAGCUGAUUCUUUUCCCAUACAAUGUUCAAAGGGAAAACCUAGGUGGUUAUCAGAGAUGGACGCAGGACACUAUUGCUUGUGCGGCAGACGUUUAUGCGAGCAUAGGAAGUCCCCCAGUUUUUCGCUUAAGGUAUGGUUGGUUCCACAAUAUUGAACUUGAACUAGUGACGUUUCAAGAGCCUUCAGCAUCUACCCAUUUCCAGGAGGAGCAUAGGAGUAUGAAUGUCUCUAAAAGAAAGGAGCGAAGUGUGGAUGCAAGACCGCUACUUGCAUCUCUUACCCAUCACUAUUCCGAGCAGCUUCUGGAGUGCCUGAAGGACCAAGCCACCCCACUGAUGGAGAGCACUUCUCAUAUGCAAUCAAUUACUGAUAUGUCUGAGGAGAUGACUGGUUAUGCUAUUACAGAACCUGAGAACAAUCUUCCAGUGUCAUCAACUCAGUCAUCAUGGCUUAGAAAGGAGACUGGAGGUGGAAAUAUCAGAAGGCAAUUGGAGGAUUUGGAUAAUCCCAGAAUGAGCAACGGUACCUCAUUCUCAGCUCGGGAGUGGGCUGAUAGCCUAACUAACAUAAGCAUUGGAGAUCUACUUUCAGAUGAGUCUCGUGCCAUGGACUCCACCUGUAUUGGUCAACCUACUGAAGGAGUUUCUCAGUAUCUUCAGCAGAUUCCUUUCAGUUGUGAUUCAUUCGAUGCUGCCAUUGCUGCUCAUAUUUCUAGUCAUCAAGACAGGUCUGGCUUAAUAUCAGGCCAGGUGCAGGUGUCCCAUUCUUAUUCCAUCUGGGAUGCGGAAGAAACAUGUGAUGGAUUCUCAUUUCAAAAGGUUGCAGGCUUAAAUUGUGAGACUGCAAGCUCACUUGGAAGUGCUUCUUUGGGGGCUUGGAAACUGGUAAGCCGUACAAAUUCGAUGAGAACCAGUGGCUUGGUGGAGGAUUUGCCUGAAGAGCAGCACUCAGGUGAUUCUGGUUGCGAAGGAGAUCCUAUGGAUAACUGUGAGCCCAACACACACAGCCCUGAUAAUGCUGCAAAGGCUUGUUGCCCAGACGACUCAAAGGAUGUGAAUGCAUUGACAGAUAUAUAUUGGCCAGAUUCUUUGGGGCCAUUAGAUUUGGAUAUACCUUCAUCCAGAUACCAUGCCCAAGAUCUUAUGUUCGGGGAUAGCGUCAGCUUCAGUGGAUUGAAUCGAUUGAUAGCCAGCAGUCUUGAUGCAUUUCAGAAUUGCUCCUUCUUCGGCUUGGACAAGAAAGAGCUGUCAUCAACAGCUGAAGCACAUGCAACAUCCUCAUUUUCGGAUUACAAAAUUGGUGGUGAAGUUUAAGAUUUACCAAUGUGGAACCUGUUGAUACUAGAUACUUGGGCUUCCCACCCCCCA